UAGACGUCAAAAUAUAAAAUGACAUCAUGAUCAUAUGGCUGAUGAGAUGAGAACAAUUUUAUCGCAAAAUAGCUUGAAGGCAGUCGUCUUCGGUGUUACGCGACUAUUUAGAAGUAGUGGUUACAGUCUAAACUCUAGCAAGAAGUGUGUGGGCCGAAGUAAAAUAUGAACUUUAUAAGAAAAUUGACCGUUAGGUCGUGUGUUUACAGAAAUUUCUCUGUGUCGGCCGCAAACAAUGCUAACUACUCAUGUAAACUGCUGGUGGUCGGCGGCGGCUCCGGUGGGUGCACCAUAGCUGCCAAAUUCGCCAGGCGGCUGAAGAAGGAUUCUGUCAUAGUCUUGGAACCGAGUUCGGAGCACUACUACCAGCCUCUGUUCACGCUGGUCGGCGCCGGCGUGAAACGGGUUGCGCAAACACGCCGUUCGGCGCAGAGCGUGUUGCCGCAGAACGCGAAGUGGGUGCAGGACGCCGCCGCGAGCGUUAACGCGCGUGACAACUGUGUGACAACAGCGCAGGGCCACGUCAUCAAAUACGAAUACAUUGUCAUCGCGGUAGGGGUGGAGAACGAUUACGCCAAGGUGCCUGGUCUUCUAGAAUCGUUGCAAGACGAGCGCAGCGGCGUAUCGUCCAUAUACGCGGCGGAGUACUGCGAGAACACGUGGCGUGAUAUAAAGAACUUCAAGGGAGGCGAGGCGAUAUUUACGUAUCCCGACACGCUUAUAAAAUGUCCCGGGGCGCCGCAGAAGAUCGCUUAUCUCGCCGAGUCGUACUUCACGAAGGCGAAUGUUCGUUCAAAAACUAGUGUCACUUACAACACGUGCCUGCCGGUCAUCUUCGGCGUGAAGAAAUACGCAGAAGCGCUUCUGAAGGUGGUGGAACGGAAGAAGAUCAACGUGAACUACAAGACUGUGCUGAAAGAGAUACAUCCAGAUAGGAGGGAGGCCGUGUUCUUUAACACUGCCGAUAAAACCAAGGAGAUGACGAUGCGCUACGACCUUUUGCACGUGACGCCGCCCAUGAAAACUCCUGAGUUCCUCUCAUCCAAUAAGGACAUCGUCGAUGCAGCUGGCUACCUUUGCGUCGACAAGUAUACACUGCAGCACACCAAGUUCCCCAACAUGUAUGGGAUAGGCGACUGCACUAAUACUCCUAAUAGCAAGACUGCUGCCGCUAUAGCGAAGCAAUGCUACGUGCUGGAACAGAACCUGCUUAGUUCGAUGCAGAGCGCCGAGCCGAGUCAGAAGUACGACGGGUACGGCGCGUGCCCGCUGCUAACUUCAUACAACACGUGCAUACUCGCCGAGUUCGUGUACGACGGCGUGCCACACGAGACCAUGCCUUACGACCAGGCACGUGAAAGCGCCAUAGCGUACUACAUGAAGAGGGAUCUCUUCCCGUUCCUGUACUGGCAUUUUAUGCUGAAAGGAUAUUACCAUGGGCCUGAAUUUGUGAGGAACAUUGUUAACCCUUUCGCUAAGUAAUCUAUGAAGGUUCUGAACAUGUAUAUGACUUUCUUAACCACAAUACCAGUACCAGCGGCUAAGGGUCUAUACAAUCUGAUUUGUUAUACCUAACCUUUUAUUGACAUUAAUUUGAUGCUGACUGUACAUAGCUGCAGUGUCUAAGUAGAUAGCGACCUUAUACAGUUGAUUUUAGAAAGGGAAUUGCAUGAACUAAAUAUUUUUUAACUUUUAAUUCGAACAUGCACUUAACGAAAUUUUUUCGACUUCAAUCUUUGACGAUCAGUGUAAUUUUUUUAGACAUCUAAGCUUCCUAUUCUCUAUGCUAAGUGACGCGCAACAUGUGACGCUCAACAUGUGUAUGUCGCGUGUGUGGUGCCAGAUAACGCGACAAUGUAAUAUAAUGCACUUGUAUUAAGACACGAAUUUCAAUGUUGUGCAACGUUGUUCAACAUUGUUCGUGUUGCGCCUCAUUGUAUUGAAUGUAUGUUUUAUGCAUAGAAACAUUAAUUUUAUUUGCUGGUGCUAGGAUAUGUUUUAUAUCCGCCCGGAUAGCGACCACCGUACGCAAGGUGUUAAAACCCACCAUAAUGGUUCACGUAAGUGUGUCGCGUUCCGGCAUCAGCCUGUGUACAUCCGGUUCCUACAAGCCGGCAUAAUUGUGUCGACUGUCGAGAGGUAAUCAUCUCUCGUCAGCCGACAUUCUAUUGGGCCCCACUACACUUAGCAUCAGAUGCAGUGAGGUCACAUUGCCUUUUGCAAACUUAAUAUAACAAGGUCCUAUGUUAAUGUUAUGUAUAUUGGAAAUAUGCGAUUUAAAACUAUCAUAUUGGUAAAAAUUUGAAAAACCCAUAAUUCAUGGUUCUUACUUUAUUUAUUUUUCGGGGUUAUUUGAAUUUUUUACUGAAAAAGACAAAAUUAAAUAUAUAAUUCAAUUUGUGCGAGAAAUAUAACCUAGAAACGUAUUACUUAGUCCGCGAUAUAUAUAAAAUUACAAAAUAGAUUAUAUAUAGUGCUAUCCACGAUGACGUCAACAAAUUUCAGUAUCCGCCAUCCUCCAAUGUUUCAGAUCUAUACAUACAUGAAUGAAUAAAUAAAUUACAAAAUCUAAUUCCCUUUACGCCUCAAAACGUCGGCAAA